UGUAAUAUUGCGCAUGCCCAGUGUACCCAACUGCUUUGCUUCGUGUUCGUGCGCCUCAGACUUCUAUUAUCUCCGGGUUAGGGUAUCCUGGAACCUGAGCUACAGUCGGCUGGUGCAAACAGAACCCAGAGUGUCCCCAGAGCUUUCGGGUACGUAAACGGGAAAAGGGUGAUCAGUCUCAACUCAAAAAUCCCCCACGGCCGAGAGCCCGAGCCCACAAAGCAGCAGUUUCUACCGGAGGGACCCCAAGGAGAGGGUGAUGGGAGAAGACGCGAACUACAAGCCCCAGCGUUCAGCGCGCAAGCCGGCUCCAGGAAGGAGGCCCGCCGCGCACCGCCACCCGGCCUCGGCCCAGAACCCGGGCCUGGCGCCAAUGCUGUCGGCCUUCCAGAACGCUCAGAAUGAAGAAGACAGGCGUAGCGCUGUGAGUCAGCCCCCAGGUCUCGUAUCCAUGGCGCCUGCAAUUGCGGGGACCGUGGCGUGCUGAGGAGUGGGCUCUCUGCGGGCCAGCCCCUCGGGCCCUGGCCGAUGUCAGACCUCCAAGGUCCGGGAGUCUCCUGUGUUGCCAAGGCCGGCGGAGCCGGACGUGACGCCGCUGUGGAGGGAGAAGGGAGAGGCGGGGCGGGGCGCGGUGACGUCCUUCCAAGAUGGCGGAGAGAGAGUGAAGAAACUGUGUUCCCCCCUUGGGUUGCUAUCGAUCAAGGGUAAAAUUCCAUUCUGAAAUCAAAAUGCAGUAUUCGCACCACUGUGAGCACCUUUUAGAGAGACUGAACAAACAACGAGAAGCAGGUUUUCUUUGUGACUGCACCAUAGUGAUUGGGGAAUUCCAGUUUAAAGCUCACAGGAACGUGCUCGCCUCCUUUAGUGAGUAUUUUGGUGCGAUCUACAGAAGCACUUCUGAGAACAAUGUCUUUCUUGAUCAGAGUCAGGUGAAGGCUGAUGGAUUUCAGAAACUGUUGGAGUUUAUAUACACAGGAACUUUAAAUCUCGACAGUUGGAAUGUUAAAGAAAUUCAUCAGGCUGCUGACUAUCUCAAAGUGGAAGAGGUGGUCACUAAAUGUAAAAUAAAGAUGGAAGAUUUUGCUUUUAUUGCUAAUCCCUCUUCUACAGAGAUAUCUAGUAUUACUGGAAACAUUGAAUUGAAUCAACAGACUUGUCUUCUUACUCUACGCGAUUAUAAUAAUCAGGAGAAAUCAGAAAUUUCUACAGAUUUAGUUCAGGCAAAUCCUAAACAAGGGCCUUUAGCAAAGAAGUCAUCUCAAACUAAAAAGAAGAAGGCUUUCAACUCUCAGAAAACAGGACAGAAUAAAACAGUGCAAUAUCCCAGUGACAUUUUAGAGAAUGCAUCAGUUGAAUUAUUCCUAGAUGCAAAUAAAUUAUCCACACCCGUAGUAGAACAAGUUCUACAAAGAAAUGAUAAUUCAGAACUCGAGUUGACGUCAGUUGUGGAAAAUACUUUUCCAACACAAGAUAUUGUGCAAACUGUUACAGUGAAACGGAAACGUGGAAAAUCACAGACAAACUGUGCUCUCAAAGAACAUUCUAUGUCUAAUAUAGCCAGUGUCAAGAAUCCUUAUGAGCUGGACACCUCUAGGGAAGAACUGGAUCAGAGGUAUUCCAAGGCCAAGCCAAUGUGUAACACGUGUGGGAAAGUGUUUUCAGAAGCCAGCAGCUUGAGAAGGCACAUGAGAAUACAUAAAGGAGUCAAACCUUAUGUCUGCCACUUGUGUGGAAAGGCAUUUACCCAGUGUAACCAGCUGAAAACGCAUGUAAGAACUCACACAGGUGAGAAGCCAUACAAAUGUGAAUUGUGUGAUAAAGGAUUUGCUCAAAAAUGCCAGCUAGUCUUCCAUAGUCGCAUGCAUCAUGGUGAGGAAAAACCUUAUAAAUGUGAUGUAUGCAAUUUACAAUUUGCAACUUCUAGCAAUCUCAAGAUUCAUGCAAGGAAGCAUAGUGGAGAGAAGCCAUAUGUCUGUGAUAGGUGUGGACAGAGAUUUGCCCAAGCCAGCACACUGACCUAUCAUGUCCGCAGGCAUACUGGAGAAAAGCCUUACGUGUGUGACACCUGCGGGAAGGCAUUUGCUGUCUCUAGUUCUCUUAUCACUCAUUCUCGAAAACAUACAGGUGAAAAACCAUACAUAUGUGGUAUUUGUGGGAAAAGUUUUAUUUCCUCAGGAGAGCUCAACAAACACUUUCGAUCCCAUACAGGAGAAAGACCAUUUAUCUGUGAAUUAUGUGGAAAUUCUUAUACAGAUAUUAAAAAUUUAAAGAAGCACAAAACGAAAGUUCAUUCUGGUACAGAUAAAACUUUAGAUUCCAAUGUAGAAGAUCAUACUUUGAGUGAGCAAGAUUCCAUACAAAAAAGUCCUUUAUCAGAAACUAUGGAUGUGAAGCCUUCUGAUAUGACUUUACCACUAGCUCUUCCACUUGGGACUGAGGACCAUCACAUGCUUCUGCCUGUCACAGAUAAUCAGUCUCCCACGUCAGAUACAUUGUUGAGGUCAACUGUGAAUGGAUAUUCAGAACCACAGUUGAUUUUUUUACAACAAUUAUACUGACUUUUUGAGGAAUAUGGAAUUGUUAAGACAUCUCUGGUAGUAAACAUAAACAUCUCUGGUAAGGUGCAUAUAUCAUAUUAAAUUCCCAUUCAUAUGAGUUGUGACCAUUAUUUUUCAUUCAUUGAAGUGAAAGCACCUAAUGCUACAUCAUAACUAUAAUGCUUGUUUUGAUUUUUGGCUUUUAUGUCUGGACUAUACACACAGCUUUUUAAGGAAAGAAUUAUACAGUAGCACUAUUUUGGGUGCAUAAGUUUUUUGUUUUUUUUUUUAAAGCUGCCUUAAUUCCAUUUUUUUUGCAUUUUAGAAUUGCCCUUCAUUUCCUGGAGUAAAAUCUGUCAGUCUUUGUGAUUCAGUGGGAUUUUUUUUAUUUUCCUCCCUUCAAAAUUUAAGCAAAAUCCAUGAUAGUAUCAGCCCUUAAGUGUUGCUGUUGUAAGCCCCAUCGACCAAUACAUGAACUACGGAGAAAAAAUAAAAUUUCAUAUUUCUGCCUAUGAAAAUUUAGGUACUGAAUAAGAAUUGUGCUAUAUCUCUAUUAAUAUACUCCAUUAGAGGUAACUUUUCUAAUGAAACAAAACUGUUUCUCUUAAAAGCUAGUAAACUAUAUAAAUUUUUGUUCAUUUAGAACACAGUAUUCUGGAGAAAACCAAUGAUCAGUACUUUUGGUUUGAGUUAUUUGAGACUAUUUUCAACAUAAAUUUUAAAUAGAUAUUUGGUGUUCUUGUCAAAAAACAGUUUCAAAAUUUGAUUCAGUUUAUGUUUUACUAGGUUUCUAGUUACUGGACAUGAGGAAAAUAUACUGAGUUUUGAAAAAUUUUGAUAAGCCUCUCAUGCCUGUUAUGCACUUUUUAAAAUAAAGAUUAAAUUCUAAAAAGAAUUUUCUUGAUAUAAACUUAAUGCUUACUAUAAAUCACUUGGCUUCUAAAUUUGAUACACUGCAUAAAGAGUUAAGAAAUCAACUUCAAUUGUAAAUAAAUAUCUUGGGUUUAUCAGAAAGCCAGUUUAUUAAACAUUUUAUAUUUGAGUUUUCUUUAGGCUUUGUGCUUGUAAAUUUUAUAAAUUAAGCCACAACUUUUCUCAGUGGUUGUAGUUUCACAGUAGUCCUUUUCCUUCCAAAAGAAUGUAGCAAAUUCAAUAUUAUACUGAUAUUUGCUACAGCUUUUCCCCGUCCCACUUUACCUACGUAUUUAUUUCACUGCCUGAUCUUUGGACAUUAAAUUAUCAGUUCCACAAAGUCAGUUCCCAUAAGUGCUGAUCAAACACCAUGGUGACAUUAUUUCUUAUUUCUGCCAUGCAUUAGUUGUGGCUUGUUUUCUGGUUUUAAACUACACCUUUAAUAAAGUCAAUAUGUUUUU